AUGGCCGUCCGGCCCGGCCUGUGGCCAGCGAUCCUGGGCAUAGUCCUCGUCGCCUGGCUUCGUGGUUCGGGUGCCCAGCAGAGUGCCACAGUGGCCAGUCCUGUGCCUGGUGGCAGCCCAGAUCUGCUUCCCCACUUCCUGGUGGAGCCCGAGGACGUGUACAUCGUCAAGAAUAAGCCCGUGCUGCUGGUGUGCAAGGCUGUGCCCGCCACUCAGAUCUUCUUCAAGUGCAACGGGGAGUGGGUACGCCAGGUGGAUCACAUGAUCGAGCGCAGCACUGAUGGCAGCAGCGGGCUGCCGACCAUGGAGGUUCGUAUCAAUGUCUCGAGGCAGCAGGUAGAGAAAGUGUUCGGGCUGGAGGAAUACUGGUGCCAGUGUGUGGCGUGGAGCUCCUCGGGUACUACCAAAAGUCAGAAGGCCUACAUCCGGAUCGCCUAUUUGCGCAAGAACUUUGAACAGGAGCCCCUGGCUAAGGAAGUGUCGCUGGAGCAGGGCAUUGUACUGCCCUGUCGCCCCCCAGAAGGCAUCCCCCCAGCUGAGGUGGAGUGGCUCCGAAAUGAGGACCUCGUGGACCCCUCCCUUGACCCCAAUGUGUACAUCACACGGGAGCACAGCCUAGUGGUGCGGCAGGCCCGCCUGGCCGACACUGCCAACUACACCUGCGUGGCCAAGAACAUCGUGGCCCGACGCCGCAGUGCCUCUGCUGCUGUUGUUGUCUAUGUGAACGGUGGGUGGUCGACGUGGACUGACUGGUCCGUCUGCAGCGCCAGCUGCGGGCGCGGCUGGCAGAAACGGAGCCGGAGCUGCACCAAUCCGGCACCUCUCAACGGGGGCGCCUUCUGUGAGGGGCAGAAUGUCCAGAAAACAGCCUGCGCCACUCUGUGCCCAGUGGAUGGGAGCUGGAGCCCAUGGAGUAAGUGGUCAGCCUGUGGGCUUGACUGUACCCACUGGCGGAGCCGCGAGUGCUCUGACCCAGCACCCCGGAAUGGAGGUGAGGAGUGCCGGGGUGCUGACCUGGAUACCCGCAACUGUACCAGUGACCUCUGCCUGCACACUGCUUCCGGCCCCGAGGACGUGGCCCUCUACAUCGGCCUUGUGGCCGUGGCUGUGUGCCUCAUCCUGCUGCUGCUUGUUCUCGUCCUUAUUUAUUGCCGCAAGAAGGAAGGACUGGACUCGGACGUGGCCGACUCGUCCAUCCUCACCUCAGGCUUCCAGCCUGUCAGCAUCAAGCCCAACAAAGCAGACAGUCCCACUCUGCUCACCAUCCAGCCUGACCUCAGCACCACCACCACUACCUACCAGGGCAGUCUGUGUCCCCGGCAGGAUGGGCCCAGCCCCAAGUUCCAGCUCUCCAAUGGUCACCUGCUCAGCCCCCUGGGUGGUGGCCGCCCCACUCUGCACCACAGCUCACCCACCUCUGAGGCAGAGGACUUUGUCUCCCGCCUCUCCACCCAAAACUACUUUCGUUCCCUGCCUCGCGGCACCAGCAACAUGGCCUACGGGACCUUCAACUUCCUCGGGGGCCGGCUGAUGAUCCCUAAUACAGGAAUCAGCCUCCUCAUUCCCCCAGAUGCCAUCCCCCGAGGAAAGAUCUACGAGAUCUACCUCACACUGCACAAGCCAGAAGACGUGAGGUUGCCCCUAGCUGGCUGUCAGACCCUGCUGAGUCCCAUCGUUAGCUGUGGGCCUCCAGGAGUCCUGCUCACGCGGCCAGUCAUCCUUGCCAUGGACCACUGCGGGGAGCCCAGCCCUGACAGCUGGAGCCUGCACCUCAAAAAGCAGUCCUGCGAGGGCAGCUGGGAGGACGUGCUGCACCUUGGUGAGGAGUCGCCCUCCAACCUCUACUACUGCCAGCUGGAGGCCGGUGCCUGCUAUGUCUUCACUGAGCAGCUAGGCCGCUUUGCCCUGGUGGGAGAGGCCCUCAGUGUGGCUGCCACCAAGCGCCUCAAGCUCCUCCUGUUUGCUCCUGUGGCCUGCACUUCCCUCGAGUACGACAUCCGUGUGUACUGCCUGCAUGACACCCGUGAUGCACUCAAGGAGGUAGUGCAGUUGGAGAAGCAGCUGGGUGGACAGCUGAUCCAGGAGCCUCGUGUCCUGCACUUCAAAGACAGUUACCACAACCUACGCCUGUCCAUCCACGAUGUGCCCAGCUCCCUGUGGAAGAGCAAGCUCCUGGUCAGCUACCAGGAGAUCCCUUUCUACCACAUCUGGAAUGGCACCCAAGCAGAUCUGCACUGCACUUUUACCCUGGAGCGCGUCAACCCCAGCACCAGUGACCUGCCUGCAAGGUGUGGUGUGGCAGUGGAAGGCGACGGGCAGAUCAGCAUCAACUUUAACAUCACCAAGGACACGAGGUUUGCUGAACUGCUGGCUCUGGAGAGUGAAGGGGGGGUCCCUGCCCUGGUGGGCCCCAGUGCCUUCAAGAUCCCCUUCCUCAUUCGGCAAAAGAUCAUUACCAGCCUGGACCCACCCUGCAGCCGGGGUGCCGACUGGCGGACUCUAGCCCAGAAACUUCACCUGGACAGCCAUCUUAGCUUCUUUGCCUCCAAGCCCAGUCCCACGGCCAUGAUCCUCAACCUAUGGGAGGCGCGGCACUUCCCCAACGGCAACCUCGGCCAGCUGGCAGCUGCUGUGGCUGGACUGGGCCAGCCAGACGCUGGCCUCUUCACAGUGUCAGAGGCUGAAUGCUGAGACUAGCCAGGCCGGUAAUGCCUAAACUCUCACCAGCUUUGGCACCUGCCAGGGACAGGCAAAAGCCAGACAGGGGCCCUACCCCCACACUCGGGGAGAGCUGCUUGGACAGGCCCCCUCCUGGCUGAAGUUGUCCCUUAAUGCUGGUCCUUCAGACCCUGCCCAAAUUCCAUCCCUCCAUGGCCUGCCUGGCCAGGUUGGUAUAGCCACCUGCUCUCACUCUGCCCUGGUCCCAGGGCCCAGAGUGGACAGUGCCUGGAGCCUGGGCUGAGCCCAGCCCAUCUGUGUGUGUGUGUGUAUAAGCGUGUGA